UAUUACAUUAGUCAGAAAUGGAUACAGUUCUACGUCAGUGAGGCUAUGCUACGCGUCGUCCUCUAAAACUUUUAAUAAACGCAUCGUAAUCAGUUUUUAAACUCAUAUUUCUAAGUAAAAUCAUACUUUUGCACUUAAAUAUCGUGCUUAUUUCUAUUAUACAUUAUUUGAAAUUUUAACUACGUCUUUUGAAAUUCUGGUCAAAAGAGGGCAUUCCAAUCGUCAUGGCGGCAAAUAAGGAAGCAAUUGUUAUUGUUUUAGACAUAGGGCCUUCUAUGUGCAAAGGUUCUGAUUCUCCAUUUCAAAAUGCUAAAGCUUGCAUUGGGAUGAUUUUACAAAGAAAGAUUUUUUCUGAAUCAAAAGAUAAUAUUGCAUUAGUUCUUUGUGGAACUUCAGAAACAGAUAAUCAGCUUGCACGGGCAAACAAAAAUGAAUACCUCAAUAUAAGUGUUCAGUACAAUUUACAAACGGCUUCCUGGGAUCUGCUACAAUAUAUUCAAAACAUUGAAGGCACUUCCAUAACGGCAGAUUAUAUUGAUGCAUUAGUAGUUGCUAUGGAUAUUCUGGCUGAACAAACGAAAAAUCAAAAGUUUGCCUCUCAGCGGAUAUUGAUAUUCUCAAACUUUGGAGAAGAUGCAUCCAAUGAUCAAAUUGAUGUAAUAAUUAAAGGAAUUAGAAAUUCAAAUAUGCAACUGAAUAUCAUGUAAGAAAAUUUUUAAUGAAUAAUAUAUGUUGCAGUUAAUGAUGUAUUAAAAAAAUCACAUGAAUGGCCAGUCAUUUAGAUUUGCACAUUAUAUUGGGUAAUGACAGGGAUGUCCAUCUAUUCAUGUCAUUAUCCAAUAUCAUGUGUCACUGCCCUAGCAGACAAUAUUCACAAUAUUUAGAACAACAAUGCUUUAGUGCAGCUUGAGUGAAAUAACAAUGAGGUGAAUAGUCACUGUAGCCAUCAUACUCGAUGAAAUGUACAGUCAAAUUAAACUACACACAAAAUACCACAAAAACCAGUAAAAGGAAUAAAA